AUGCGGCGCGCCCGACCGGCAGAAUGGCCCUGGACCAAAAAAGAAAGUCUCUCUGAUCCCCGCGACGGGGCUAGACCUCCACCAACCAUGUCGAAAGAAGCGCAGCUCUCAAUCGCUGAGCGCGACUUCAUUCUUGAAGCCCUCCGCCAGGAUGUGCGUCUUGAUGGCCGUGCAGCCGAUGAAUACCGCUCGCUUAAUAUCUCUUUCGGUGAAGAAUAUGGACAUGUGAAGCUGCAGCUUGGAAAGACACAGCUCAUUGUGCGCAUCUCUGCGGAGGUCACCAAACCCCAAGAUGACCGACCGUUUGAUGGCAUAUUCAAUAUCAAUAUGGAGUUAACCAACAUGGGCUCACCUGCUUGGGAAUCUGGACGAUCUAACGACCUUGAAGCCGCUGUUACGCAUACCCUUGACCGUGUCAUCCGCCGUUCCAACGCUCUGGAUACCGAAUCUCUCUGCAUUCUCAAGGGUGUUAGCUGCUGGAGCAUCCGUGCCGAUGUUCAUGUGGUGGACUACGAUGGAAAUCUUACAGACGCUGCCUGCAUUGCGACCAUGGCUGGACUCCAGCACUUCCGCCGGCCGGAUGCUGUGGUCAGGAACGGCAAAGUCGUCGUCUACGGCUUGGAGCAGCGUGUGCCCGUCCCACUCAAUAUCACACACAAGCCUCUAUCAGUCACUUUCCACACUUACAACGAAAGCAAGCACGUCAUCGUCGAUGCCACCCUCAAGGAAGAGCAGGCAGCCGAAGGUGAUCUCGUCAUUGGCAUCAACAAUGCUGGCGAUCUCUGCUACGCCUCUAAGAUUGUUGGUGCGCCGGUGGAUGCUAUGGUCAUUGUGAACAAGACGAGUGUCGCGUGGGAGAAGGUCAAGGUCCUCAACGCUGCCAUUGACAAGGUCCUGCAAGUUGAUCUGGCUCGGCGUGCAAAGGUUGGCAUGGCCGAUGAAUCCCGUGCAACGAACGACCGAGAAGUUCAACCCGAAUAA